AUGGCAGACGGUAAAAUGGACGAUUAUCCUUACGAGAUAGAUGAGCAGCUUAAAGGCUUCGAAUCGUCAGUGUCCACUGUCAAAAGCAUGUUGGACACACUCAUGUCGAUGCCCAGAAAUGACCUGGAGCAAAAGUUGGAUCCUCUGGACCAGGCCAAACUGGAUCUUAUGUCUGCAUACACACUCAAUUCUUUAUUCUGGAUGUACUUGGUAACACAAGGUGUCAACCCGAGAGAACACGGCAUUAAACAAGAACUGGAACGAAUAAGGACGUACAUGAGCAGAGUGAAAGACAUAACGGACAAGAAGAAGGCAGCCCGUCUGGACAAGGACGCCGCCGGACGCUUUUUGAGGAAUGCCCUCUACGACCCAGAGGAAAAGGCGUCCAAGACAAAGGCAAUGGCGGGGGCCGGUAAAACCUCAGAAGCGACGCCAGCCAAACGGCUGAAGAAAAGAUGA